AUGACAUCCAACCACGACCGCCUGUCUUUCUUCAAGCGCGGUCCUCCCGCCAACCACACGCAGUCGCAGGUAAAGAGAAGGGAGGCGGCGCUGGCUCACCAAGAGCAGCGCAGACGCUUCAGCGUACAGCGCGCUCGUAACGAAAUCGAUGCUGGCGAUGCCCAAGCCUCGUUACUCGCAAACUCAGACUUGUCGGAACAUGCAGAGUCUCCAGGUGCAGCAACAAGACUAUCAAUUGCGCCGUUAAGUUCGCUUCCCUCUCUGUCCCACCGGGGACACACGUCGGUUAGAGAAGCUGCAAGCAGGCCGUAUGCAGACAGGCUUAUGCAUGCCGAGCUGGUCAAUCCCGACGAGGGCCUCCCAUUCGACGUCGGCACUGAAUGGUGCGCAGUUGGACCGCUGCCAAAGGGAAAGCGGUGUCUCGCAGUCGUCAACCCUUCUCGCGCGCCGGGCAAGGCAACGAUGACACUCUAUAGUCGCGUCGGCGGCAAGCCGAUCGCGAUCUACCCAUCACACGGUCCGUCCCAAGUCGCAGCAACCCUUGCACGACGAGAUGCAACUGGUAAGGACGAAGACAUGGAGGAGGAUACAGGAGGUGAGCAAGAUAACGGUUCUACGUCUCGGGAUCGGCGUAUUCGCUUCCCAGCACCAGAGGGUGUACCACCUGGCACGCAACUCGACUGCAUCCUUCUUGCUCACCACUCUGCGCCUGCGGGGGGCACAGAUCCAUCGCCAUAUGAGGAUCGAGGCACGGGCAUGCUCUACGUCCUCGACCUCCUCUGCUGGGGCACGCGCAGUUUUGAGGAUUGCGAUACAGAGUUCCGGCUAUACUGGCGCAACGCCCGGCUGCGCGAAUUGCCAGCAUAUCACGUGCCGCGCGAGGCGAGGUUGUCGCCGACAUCCUCCUCCUCGCUCGAGCAAGCACGAGCGCACUGGAGCGUCGAGCGCGCGCCAUAUCCGUUCGUGCUCGUGCCGCUCCCAUCGGCAGCGGCGCCGCUUGCGAAACACGCGGACAUAUGGUUCGCGCUGCAGGAGGCUGGCGCGCAGCAAAAGCAGAUGCGCAUUUUCCUGCGGCGCGCUGCGGCGCCUGCGCUGAUUGAAGCGGGGACGCACAGCGCUGUAGGUGCAUCGCAUACUGCGGAGGAGAUGCUGUGCGAGGGCAAGCGCGAGCUCGAGGCCGAGGUCGCGGUGCGUGCACAGCCUUCGCGCGCUGUCCUCAUCGCAUGGGAAGCCGACGACGCUGCGGAUCAGUCCAAGGGGGUGCAAGGCGACGGCCUCCUGCUGUACCAUCGACAGGCAUGCUAUGAGCGAGGGUCGACGCCGCUUGCCCUGUGGCUACCACCUGAAAUGUGA